AUGGAGAAGACCCACGGGAUAUUCGCCGAUGACUUUGGGGGCUUCCUGAGGUCCCGCAAUGAGCCCUUGGGUUUCUCAGCGGGCCGUGCCGGGAACACGGGGAAUAUUAAGACUCUGGGGGACACCUACCAGUUUGCGGUGGACGUCAGCGACUUCUCUCCAGAAGACAUCGUCAUCACCACCUCGAAAAACCAGAUCAGAGUUCAUGCUGAGAAGCUGGCUGCUGACGGGACCCUGCUGAACACCUUUAGCCACCAGUGCCAGCUGCCCGAGGACGUCGACCCCACCUCGGUCACCUCUGCACUGGGCCGGGACGGCUCGCUCACCAUCCGGGCACGGAGGGGCCCCGCGAAGCACGGCCAGCAGACCUUCCGGACUGAGAUUAAAAUCUGA